AUGAUGAUGAGAGAGCGCUUUGACACGGAGGAGAACAGACAGAGGGCGACCACCAUGUGGAGGCAAACUUCAUUCCCUAAGGUCAUCGCCCAGAAUCCGGAUAAGUCGCGCUCAGAGUGCCUCGAAAUACUCUUCGACACGCUCGAGAAGAUCCAGAAUGCAUUGCCACCACAAGACCGGCCAUCGAGCUCGCUGGAGGGGGUACAGGCGGAGCUGCGAUCAGCAGUUGCCAUUGCGACAGCUCGAUCACAGUCCGGACAAUUCCAAGCUUCUGAGGAAUACGACGCGUACGAUCAUCAUUGGACUGACCGUACAUACGGAGGAAGAGGUCGUGGAUACAGCCGCGGGGGCUACGGUCAGGGCAGGGGAAUCUAUGGGUACAGAAACAACCGUGAAUCAGGACCACGAGGAGGAUACCGCGGAGCACGACAAGGAAAUGGAGGACCUCGUCAGAAGAAAUGCUUCAUCUGCGGGAAACCAGGAUGUUGGUCCAAGUAUCACACCGGAGACGAACGGAAACGAUCUCUCGAAAACUUCCGCGAGCAGCACUACUUUACGACGGGCGAGUCAGCCACAACACCGGACUUUCAAUUGUUCCUGGGUGAAUUUGAAGGCUCAGAGAAAAAGGAAGGCCACGACGACGAUGAUUCACAUGAACCAAGCCAGAUGCUCGCAGAGUUGACCAUUGAGGACGACAAUCAGGAGAGAUUCUUGACGGAGCCUGGAGGAGUUCAUUGA